UCCCACAGCCAUGUCUGCUUAGACCGAAGCAGCCCCAAGAGCGAACUCGAGCCUCCGCCACUGCCGCCUCCUCCUCUUCCAGAGAAGCCCGGAGCCUCCGCCCCCGCAGCCACAGCCACUUCCACUGCCUGGGUGUCUGCCUCCGCCACUGAACUAUGACCGGGGUGUUUGACCGGAGGGGUCCCAGCAUCCGCUCCAGUGAGUUCCCCGCUCCUUUUCAGACGGCCGCAGCCAUGCAUCACCCGUCUCAGGAGUCGCCCACUUUGCCAGAAUCCUCGGCCACAGAUGCCGACUAUUACAGCCCGGCGGGGGGUGCCCCGCACGGCUACUGUUCGCCCCCAGCAGCUUCCUACGGCAAGGCACUGCAUCCUUACCAGUAUCCCUACCAUGGCGUGAGCGGGGCCGCAGCCGGGCCGCCGCCCGGCACCUACCCCGCCAAAGCGUACGCGGACUACGGCUACACCAGUUCCUACCAUCCCCAGUACAGCGGGGCUUAUGGUCGGUCACAGAGCUCCUCGGGCCAGCCAGACAAAGACGCUGCAGAGCCCGAGGUGAGGAUGGUGAAUGGCAAGCCCAAGAAGGUUCGCAAACCCCGGACGAUUUACUCCAGUUUUCAGCUGGCUGCCCUGCAGAGGCGGUUUCAGAAGACCCAAUACCUCGCCCUGCCCGAACGCGCCGAACUGGCGGCUUCUUUGGGCCUCACGCAGACACAGGUUAAAAUCUGGUUUCAGAACAAAAGGUCCAAGAUUAAGAAGAUCAUGAAGAACGGGGAGAUGCCGCCGGAGCACAGCCCCAGCUCCAGUGACCCCAUGGCAUGUAACUCUCCCCAAUCUCCAGCUGUGUGGGAGCCUCCGGGUAGCGGGGCAGCAGCUCGCUCUCUUGGCCACCACCCUCACGGCCACCCUCCAGCUUCCAAUCCGUCCCCUGCCUCAAGCUACCUGGAGAACUCGGCGUCCUGGUACCCUGGGGCCGGUUCCCUCAAUUCCCACCUCCAGCCGCACGGCUCCCUACAGCAUCCGCUGGCGCUCACCUCCGGGACGCUUUACUAGAGAGACAGGAGUGGGCGCAGCCCCUUGCCCUCGCGCCAGCCGCUUGCGCUCUGCCUCUGUUGCCCGGACUCCCAUAUUUUGCUGUUUUAGGAAUAUUAAUGAAAGGAAUGCGUGUGGGGAAGUGUUUAAAAACCAACAACCGGAGACCCAGAUUCGCGUGUAAAGCUUGUGCAUGUAAGUUAUUGCAUUUCAAAGGACCCCCUCCCCCUUUUUUAUAGACGAACUUUUUGCGCAUCCGUGGACACUAUCAAUGGUGCCUUGAAAUCUAUGACCUCAACUUUUCAAAAGACUUUUUUCAAUGUUAUUUUAACCAUGUAAAUAGGUGUAGAUAGAGGAAUUAAACUGUAUA